GUGGCUGGUCUGGUUUUUAUACUAGCCUUAAAAUUUCUCACUGUUUCUAGCACUGCCUGUGUUCCACAGGGAAGAUUAAGUAUAUUAGCACAGAGAAACCUGUAGCAUGUUUUAUAGGUUUAUUCUGAACCUGUUUGCCAUCAAGCUUGUCUAUACGAAUGUUCCCACCUGGGACAGCAACGCUAACAAACAUUAUCUUUUUCUGAACACCUCUAAAAGCUGUCACAUCUUCUUUUGGUGAGUGAUAUAAGUAUAUAUAAAAACGACACUCCCUGCCCAACAUGGUGGCAGUCUAAAUAGGACACAAAACAAACCAGAACGGGUGGGGAAGAGAGGACAAACAUGUCUAUUUUUAGACAAGAAUCAAUAGAUGGGUUUGGUAUAUUUUUCAGGAUUAGCUUUGUGGUUCCUUUUCGUUGUGUGUUUUUUGUUUCUUUUACAGGCAUGUAGUUUUGACCUGAGAUGUGCCUUUGUUUAGAACCAGUUCAUUGCUCUCAGAGCCAUGAGAUGUCCAGACAAAAAGAAUUUAAUCUAGUCCUUCUUUUGAGGAGAAUGUAAUAGAAAAGGAAGAGAGUACAGGUGUACAGCAGAUCUCGUGCUGAAUGCUUGUUAGGAACAUCAUGCUCUGGGAAGAAGGCUAACAUGAAACUGGGCUGUGUAAGCAGGAUGUUGGCUGCAUGAUGUGAAGUCUGAUGACUUUGAUGAGCUUGUGGUGAGUAACAACGAUGUUGUGCUCAAAAAUAUCGCUGAAGAUUUGCGGAAUUGUUUACCCAUCGAGGCAAUGUUUAAUUCAGAACAUCAAGCUAUUCAGAAAGUUUUGUUCCUCUUCUCAGAUACACGAGCAUCCGCUGCCCAUGAUUCAUGUUGAUGCAUUCCUUUAUGAUGAUGAUUUUGUUGAUUCAUUGUGUGAGGAGGGGAAAAUGAGUAGGAGCUACUGCACAGAGUGUGGCUCAUACAAGACUGCAUCUUUAGAGUUUAUUUCGCAUUCCUUUUCCCUCAUGGAACUGAAGUUUCUUUAUCAACAUGUACUGCCUGACCUGACAGGAAAGGUAGUGGUUGACGUUGGCUCCAGGCUUGGUGCAGUGCUAUUUGCGGGUUAUCUUUAUAGCUCAGCAUCCCAACUGUAUGGAGUAGAAAUGAAUGCAGACUUUUGCCAGUUGCAAGAAAUGAUGACUACAAAAUACCAGUUCAUUGACAGAAUAAAGGUGGUUCACGCAGACAUUUGUACUCAGGCUUCACUUCUUCAGAAGGCUGAUGUUGUUGUAAUGAAUAAUGUCUUUGAAUAUUUUCUUGACAGACAGGAACAGGCCAGAGCCUGGGAAUUUAUUGCUUGUAAUGUAAGGAAAAGAGGGUCCUUAUUAGUGACAGUUCCAAGCCUUAAAGAAUCGCUCUCAAAGCUCCAGACAGAUAUACAGCUCAGCCAAUGGGUCGAAGAGAUGCAGCUAAACUAUGAUGUGUAUAUGGAAAAGGAUUUUGACAGAGAAGCACUUGAACAAAUACAUUUAUACAAGAUUCUCUAGUACCUGGAAAAAUUUACUAGUAUCCUUGUAAUAUCAUUUUUUUUUAAUCUAAAAUGAAUUUGGAUUGAUUUGUGUGAAUAAAUCCGGUCAAAAUUCUUAUUGUGA